CAGUUAUUUAUUUUAAUUCGAUCUUUUCUUUGUACGCACCUAAGUCAAUCCGUAUUAGUAAUUAUUUAAGUUAUUUUAAAUUUGUAUACAAUGAAAUUGACGGCUAUUAUCAUGUUCCUUAUUCCUGUGGUGGUAGCUAGACAUAAUCAUAGAACACUUCUUGAAACCAUAUUGAAAUCUAAUGAAAACGUGUAUUUUAAAGUAGAUGAUGAUGUUCAAAAUAUAAUGAACAAUCUCUUCGACUCACUGAACUUAGCGCCGGACUUCCCAUUGAGAUCGAGGAUCAAGUUGUUGUUAACAAUGCAUUAUGAUCUGAAAAGUAUUGCAGCGAAAAAUUUCGAAGUCCAUGAUAAAAUGCUAGAUGCUGUGGAAGUUAGUAUAGACAAUAACACCACGACUGGCAUAGCAUUAUUUAACAUUAUUGGAGAUAUAUUGGAUAACAAGCCCUACAAUCUGUCUAGUACUUUGUAUGGGAAGUAUGUACCACGCAAACGUACUAAACACAAAAAGGUAUCACAUGUUCCACGUGCUGUGACCACCACUACAGAGACAAUUUUGGAAACCGUCACCACACCUCAGCCUGUAUUCAGUGACAGCAAAGAAUUCAUGGAAUUCAUUCAAGAUUUUAUAAAGAAAAUAGAUCAGCUCAGUGAAAAUGAUUUCUCUAAACCUCCACCAGUUGCAGUACCAACAGAAGCAGAUGAUGACGACAAUCUUGAGUACUGGGAACCACCACCAGUCCUAGAAUUAGAUUUCGUCAACGAUACUGACAGCCGGAGGAUAUUUAAAGGCAAACGGAGUAAAAUAAGGAGUUACCCGUUCAUCGUGAGCAUCCACCUGAUGGGCACGUUUGCUUGCGCAGGCUCCAUCCUCACCAAGGACCUGGUCAUUAGUGCGGCGUCCUGCUUACAAUUACUUCACAAUAACAGAUUUUACAGAGAGAACCCAAGUGCUCUUUCUAUUCGCAUCGGCAGUGAUUACUUCGCUAGAGGAGGCGAGGUCAUAGGCAUUGUGGAGACUUACUUUCACCCUUCUUAUGACCCUAAGACCUUGGCUAACAAUCUAGUACUAUUACGGUUGUAUAAACAUAUAAAAUUCUUGAGAAGAGAGAAGAAAGUGAAGAGGAUACGGUUCGACAGGACGCCAGCAAAUUUAGCUACGAACACGGAGGAUAUUAUAGUCAUUGGAUGGGGUGCUAGGAAGAAAAGCAACGUGAUAGAUCAAUUUGAAAGGAUGUUGGUGGCGAAGCUGGAUAUCUACCAAGUGAACGAAUGCGCUGAGAUUUACUCCCCCACAUUCGUGACGGACAAGCACUUUUGCGCUGGAUUCAUAUCGGCAGGCGGAGGCGCUUGCAAUAAAGACGUUGGUGGUCCCGGAGUUGUGGGGGGCACACUCAUCGGUGUUAUAAGCUUCGGUGCACCUAUAUGCGGGGCCGUAGACUCUCCUACCGUCUUCACAAAACUUGGUUACUACAGAAAAUGGAUCGACAGCGUUAUUAAGACGAGGUCUGGUAUAAAAGCAAUAGGAGCACGAACUACACAUCGGCCUCUCACUCAUGUAACGUGGCCGACGUUCAUCAUUACAACCGACCCAAAGAUAGUUCCAAUAACGCAAACAAACGCACAGGAAAAAAACUUUAAAGCAAAGAAAGUAUUUGCCCUCAAGCAUGGUAAACACAAACCGAUACUGACUGACAUAGAUUCCUUGCCAGACGUUAUGUACGAGGAUCUGCCCGAAGAAGACGUUGCUGAUAUGUUUACUACCACUACAAAGAGACUGAAUCCCAUGCAACAUCCGUUGGUGAACAAGAGUUUCUUCCCUCUGCCCGGGCUUCAUAUUCCGAAAGAGACAUCGGAGUAUGUAACGAUUACCUUGUCGAGUUCAAACACAUUGCCGCCGCACUUGACGGAGCCGCAGCAUGAACCCACUGAAACCGUCACGGAACGGACGGCGAGUGAUACAAUUGGUUCCUUCACUGACUUCUUCUUAAACUCUUAUGAGCGGACUACAGAACCAAGUUCUUACGAGCGACGAUCAUCUCGCAAGGAUCGAGGUCCAGAGUCAUAUCUAGAUAAUAACUUGCGUGACAAACACAGCAGCCAGUCUCCUCGACCACAUUUCCGUGGGGAAGCUGAUUACAUUAAUGAUAAUUAUUUAGUGGAACCUGAUUUACCGAAAUACGCUUAAAAAUGUAAUGUGUUUUAUUUGGAGAUAAUAACUUUAAUCUUAAGCUGAUCUUGGCUGUAUAGUCACUCACUUAUCUUAUAAUUAGUUUCGCCUAUUUGUAAUUUGUCAGGCAUUGCUAAUUAAACCAAUAAUUCCAAUAUUGUUUUAACUUUCUUUCGUUUCUUUAUUGUAACUGCUUCGGUGAUAUUAAUAAUGUGGUACAUAACUCAGUCAAAAUUAUUCCUAGGUACGUUCGUUGAUGGAUAU